AUGUUAUUUGUCCGAGGUGUAUCAGUACAUUGGUCGAAAUAUCGCAGUAUAUCACUAGUGCGAAACAUUGCCCGACUUGCAAGUACAAAUGUGCAUAUCAAACCGGACGACAAAAUUGCGGUCAAAUCUGAAACUAUUUCAAAAGGUCAAGAGAUGAUUGAAUCUAGUGACCAUAAAACGGUGACGUUAAAAAUAGAAGAUAAUGUAGCUGUAGUGAAAAUCGACCUUCCUAAUGCGAAAGAAAAUGUUUUGAAUGAAGCAGUUGCGGAUGAUCUCCGAUACUGUAUGAGUCGUAUUGAUGCCGAUGCUUCUAUUAAAGGAGUAGUGAUAAUAUCUGGGAAACCGAAUACAUUCAUCGCCGGUGCAGAUAUCGAAAUGUUGUCCAAGUGUAAAAGUUCUGCAGACGCUCGAAAAAUUUCGUCCGAUGCACAACGGGACUUUUUACAAAUUGAAAAUAGUCAAAGGCCGGUGGUUGCAGCCAUCAUGGGUACAUGUAUGGGUGGUGGUUUAGAACUAGCACUUGCCUGUCACUACCGAAUUGCAAUGAAUGUGCCAAAAACUUUAUUUGCAUUACCUGAGGUAAAAUUAGGCUUACUUCCUGGUGCUGGUGGUACACAACGUUUGCCAAAGUUGGUAUCGAUCACUGAAGCUCUUGGUAUGAUGCUUACUGGGAAAACGUUAUCAGCUAUAAAAGCGAAAAAAAUAGGUCUAAUUGACCGUGUUAUUGCCAUUGAUGCUGCACGACAAUUGUCUAUAGGUGUGUUAGAGGUAAAUCGCAGAGGAUCUUUGUGGGAAAAAACCACAAAUUAUGUACUGACAAGAACUCCGAUUUUCAAACAUUUCAUUUUAAAGAAAGCACGCGAAAAUGUUACGAAGAUGACUUUUGGAAACUACCCGGCUCCGUUAAAAAUCUUAGAUGUUAUUGAAAGUGGAGUAACGAGAGGGCCUGAUUUAGGUUAUAUGGAGGAAUCAGAGGCUUUUGGGGACUUAACUCAGACAACACAAUGUAAAGCCCUGAUUGGUAUUUUCAAGGGUAGAACCGAAUGCCGACGAAAUAAGUUUGGAGAAGCGAAAAAAAUUGACAAAUUAGCCAUAAUUGGUGCUGGUUUGAUGGGUGCUGGCAUUGCAAAUGUUUCAAUCGACAAAGAUAUUCAAACGUAUUUACUGGAUAGGGAUGACGAAGGCUUGGCACGAGGUCAGAAUCAAAUUCAUAAGCAUUAUGACGGGAUGGUGAAAAGAAAAAAAAUCACUGAUUACCAGAGGCAUAAAUUUAUGGCUAAUUUAAAAACAACUUGCACAUAUGAUGAUUUACAUGACUGUGAUGUCGCUAUUGAAGCUGUUUUUGAAGAACUUCCUUUGAAACAUGGAAUAAUCAAGAAGCUGGAAUCAGUAGUACCAGAACACUGUAUUAUUGCAUCCAAUACUUCAGCUCUUCCAAUCACAGAAAUCGCAUCGGCUUCCACUCGGCCAGAGCGUAUCAUUGGGAUGCACUAUUUUUCUCCAGUUGAAAGAAUGGAACUGCUUGAAAUAAUAACUACGAAAGAUACGAGUAAAGAAACUAUCGCUGUAGCUGUACAAUUAGGAUUAACUCAAAAUAAAUUGGUUGUAGUGGUUAAGGACUGUCCGGGAUUUUUUGUUGUCCGUUGCCUAGCUCCAAUGAUGAGUGAAGUUGUUCGAUUGCUUCAAGAAGGUGUCUAUCCGGAUGAAAUUGAUCAGAUGACGAAACAAUACGGUUUUCCAGUGGGUGCAGCGACGCUCACAGACGAAGUUGGGAUUGAUGUGGCGCAACAUGUUGCGAAGUUCUUAGGAGAGGCAUUAGGUCUACGAGUUGGUGGUGGAUCGAUUGCAGUACUAGAUGAAAUGGUUGCAUCUGGGUUCAAAGGUCGUAAAUCAGGCAAAGGAUACUUUAUCUACGAUGAUUCUAGACGACUCAAUACUUCUAAAAAGAAACCUGUAAACGAGGCCGCACUAAGAAUUCUUCACAAACACCAACUCACCCCUGUUUCAACGGUAAGUAGUGUUGCUGACCGUCAGCUUCGAAUUUUGUGUCGUUACAUAAAUGAAGCAGCCAUUUGUCUUGAAGAGGGCGUUAUUUCAUCACCGUCAGAUGGUGAUACGGCGUCGGUGUUCGGUAUCGGUUUUCCACCGUUCAAGGGUGGUCCGUUCCGUUUUAUCGAUAUGUACGGUGCAGAUAAACUUAUAAGUGAUAUGUUACGGUAUGCAGAGGCCUAUUCGCCGGAGCAGUUCAAACCAGCUCAGAUCAUCCAAGAUCAUGCUAAACGUAAUAAAAAAUUUUAUCCGGAAUAA